AUGUCUCAACAUUUUUCUAUGUCACAAGGUGAUGGUGCAUUUUCGAGUUUCGAUUGUUCAUACACAUCGAAUGCAUCAGAUGACGAAAAUGAACCAGAAGUUGAAGAAGGCGAAGGUAAUGAAAGAGGUAAUGAAGGAGGCAAUCAAGAUGGAAGGAAAAUUUUUUGGUCAAAAGCUGAAGAAGUGGUUCUUGUGAAGGCUUGGCUUGAGGUUAGUCAAAAUAAAAAAACUAACACUAACCAAAAGGGGGAUGUUUUUUGGAGGAAAAUUGAAGAAAUGUAUAAUAAUGUUAGACUAUACAAACAAAGGUGUUUCGAAGAAGGUACUGAUCGGGUAACACGAGAAGAUUUGUUGAAAAUGAGGGGUACGGAGCAACUUAGAAACCGUUGGAGAAGGAUUAAUGCUUCAUGUUCUAAAUUUUGUGGCUCACAUGCUCAUGCUGAAUCAAAAAAGGGAAGUGGUAUGAAUGAUGAAGAUGUUAUGAAAUUAGCAUAUAGUAUAUAUGCUAACGACAAAACAAAGUCUUCAUUAUGCUCUAAAACCUUUCAAGACAAGCAUGUUUGGGACAUCUUAAAACAACAUGAAGCAUGGAAACCAAGUGAAGAUGUUGUUAAAAAAUGCAAGGAAAAGACAUCCACUCAAGGAAGUGACUCAAAGAGAUCUCGUAUCAAUGAAGCUGGAAACUACUCCUCUUCAUCAAACCCAGAAACACCAACCAGUGGUGAUAUUGGGUAUUCAGGCUUUCCUUCUAGCAACGAAUCUAGUAAAAAUAAAGGAAAGAGCAAGGUGCCAAACAUGCCAAGUGGAGCAUGGCAACAAUGGUUGGACACUGCCCAGAACAUGAACCUUCUAAGGCAAUCAGAAAAUGAAGUUGAACUUACAAGGUUGCAACUAGAAAGGGAGAAAGAAGCAAGGAAGCAAAGAAAAAUUAAUAUGGAGUUAUUUAAACACCUCGAUUCAAAGCCAAACUUAUCUUCGGAAGAUCAAGAAUUAAGGAGCACUUUGUUGAAGAAGUUGUUCCCCUCAGACUAA